UAUAAGAAUACCUGACACCUGUCAAUGUCAAGAAAAGUUAACCUAACCUAAAAUUCAUGUUGUGGUUCGCCUUUUGAUUUGUUGAAUUUAUUUUUAAAUAAAGAUAAUAAAAAAUGUACCUUAUGUAUUAUUUGGACGAAAGUGGCAAGAGGAUCUACACCCUAAAAAAAAUUGAUCCCUAUGGAAAGCCCACACAAUCAGCACAUCCAGCACGUUUCUCACCAGAAGAUCAAUACUCGAGACAGAGGAUCAUCAUAAAGAGUCGCUUUGGCAUCCUAAAGACUCAAACGCCAUCUCCCGUCUACUAGGAAUCUUGGUUUUAAGUUAAAAUAAGACACAUAAUGUAAGAUUACAUAAAAUAUAUUUCUGAGUAAAACUUUA